AUGAUCGCUGAGGAACAAGCUAACAGCAGCUCUACGAAUGGCAGUGAUGUGCCUGACAAUGAAAUAACCGCAAGCCAGAUGAGCUGUGGUGGAACGAGUAGCAUCUCUGCUAGUAACGAGGCUUCUGAGGUUGAGAGCACUGAUAAAUCGGGGCCGCCUGUGACGAAGAAGAAAAUAGGAGUUAAUGAGAAAUGCCCUUGUGGAAGCGGUCUUAAGUAUAAGAAGUGCCACGGAGGGAAGCGAUGA